AUGCUUCCCUGGUAUGGAUCUCCUUUUCCUGAUUUCCAGGCCCACCAACACACGUUGCACUGCAGAGGAGACUGUCUCAGCAUGUGGCUCCCCGGGCCGGGCGAAUCAGCGGAUUUGAUCACAGAGCCCCAGGAUGACAAGCUUCUCUCCCACCAGUGUCCCCACAAACAUGUGGCUGUGUGCCAGCAGGAGACCUUGGCCUUCAUCAAUCAUCAGCCCCUAGCAAGUGCUAAACUAAAUGGACACGGUUCUUCGUAUGAACAACAUUGUGCCACUCAAACCCUAGCCAUUGACACCUUCGAAAACCCACAAAGUGAGCUGAUUGACUGGGCACACAACUACCUCGGAACAUGCAAGGAAGAUGAUCCGAUAAUUUCAAAUUGUUGUCUGACGAGCAUGGGCGACGUCAAGUGUUCAUCUCCGCUAGAUAAGACUGAUGGAGGAGUACAAAAUGUUGCAUCAGUAUUUCGUCCUCACCAUGUACCUCCUAGUCUCCCUUUGGCCUUGCCACUCUCCACGCUUCAUGCGAACAGAGACUCCUGGGACUCCCAGAUACCUUGCACGCCAUCCCCACCUGAGGGUUCAGAGUUUCAAAGCUUCGAUUUCUACCUGCCGCAGCGGCGGACAUCUCAAAGUUCGCUUAAAGAAAAGUCCAUCCGCCGUAAGAUGCAGGUUUAUUCUCCAGACAGCCUCAGUGAUGACUCUCUCAGCAGUCCUGUCCUGGAUACUGACUUCCUUUUCCCUGGAACUCUCACACCUUUCCUGGGUGAAGACCUCAGUGGGCAAUCCUCACAAGAGACAAAUACCAGUUCUUCAUCUACAGAUGCUACCCCGGACCUCAAGAACCUCAGCCCAGAUGAUAUUCUCCAAGUACCAACAGAACGGCUGCAGAUUUUUGAGGACUCACUACCAGGCGUGAGAGAAGACAGUUUGGACACAUCAAUGGUUACAACGGGGGGCAGCAUCAUGCCACGCAGUCGUCAGGUAGACCACGAGCGUCGACGCUUCUCAGCCUCAGAACUGAUUUCUAGACUCCAGCUGUCCCAAAGGAAGAAUUCCUUCACAUUGAAGCUGGGAAAGUCACUGUCGGCUCGAGUCGCCUCCAGGGACCGACAGAAUUCAAGCAGUCUGAGCCCAGACUAUAAGCCCAACUCAAAGCAACGGGGUUCAGGAGUCUACAGUGAUAGCGCCCCCCACAGUCCUGUAGGACCUGCACCACCACUGCCUAGCAGUGACAAUGGAGUGGGAACACAUUGGUGGAGCACCAAGCUCGGAAUUAGAAAGAAGUCCAUUGACGAAGAUUCCUGCACAGCGCCUGCUGUCGCUUGCUCCAAUCGUCUAUCAAGGUUCUUGCCGAGUUCAAUCCUGUAUCAAGAAUACAGCGACGUAGCCAUUAACAGGGAGAUCCAAAGGCAACAGGGCAAAGAGUUGGGCACCGAGGAGGAGGGCCUUAGGGACGAGGGUUCUGACGGGACCCUGUCUCCAUCCAGUCUAUCUCCUUCCAGUUCCUUUUGCUCAUCACGAGGUUCCGCUUUUGCUCUAUGGCAGGAUAUCCCGGAUGUGCGCUCUAGUGGUCAGCUAGACAGCUUCAGCAAUGAGCAGAGAAAAUUACAAGAGGCCAAAUUUGAGCUUGUGACAUCUGAGGCCUCAUACAUACGAAGUUUGACAAUUGCUGUGGAUCACUUCAUGCUGUCACAGGAGCUCUCCGAAUGUCUUGGUGCUCAGGAUAAACAGUGGCUCUUCUCCAAGCUGCCUGAAGUCAAAGAUGUCAGUGAGAGGUUCCUUCAAGACUUGGAGCACAGGCUGGAGCAAGACAUCCUGCGCUUUGACGUGUGUGACAUCGUUCUUGAUCACUGCCCGGCUCUGCGCCGGGUCUACUUACCUUAUGUAACAAACCAGGCUUACCAAGAGCAGACCUAUCAGCGUCUCUUGCAGGAGAAGGCUCGCUUCUCCACCACCUUGGCCCGUCUGGAGGAGGACAGCGUCUGCCAAAGACUACCUUUGACCUCCUUUCUAAUCCUCCCAUUCCAGAGGAUAACUCGUCUUAAGAUGCUGGUGGAGAACAUCUUAAAGAGGACUACACCAGGCUCCAGAGAUGAGGACACAGCGACCAAGGCUUUCAAUGAGCUAAAAAAGAUCAUUAAGGAGUGCAACUCCAGUGUGCAGUCCAUGAAGAGGAUGGAGGAACUCAUCCACCUCAAUAAGAAAAUUCAUUUUGAGGGCAAGAUCUUUCCUCUGAUUUCUCAAUCCCGCUGGCUGGUGAAGCACGGUGAACUUCUCGAGGUGGACACGCAGACCAUGAGUAUUUCUGGAUCCAAGUUCAAGUUGCCCACCAAGCCAGUGUAUUUGCACUUGUUCAAUGACUGCCUUCUGCUCUCCAGGAGGAAAGACACAUGGAGGUUCUUGGUAUUUGUCCACGCCAAAAUAGGUGAGCUAAAAGUGAAGGAUUUGAGUCAGAAGCUGAAGGGAAUCUCAGGCUUCAUCUUCCACCUUCAGUUAUGUGAAGGACAGCAGCUCAAACAUCAGAUUCUGCUCAAAUCACACACUGAGAGCGGGAAGCAACGAUGGAUUGCAGCAAUGUUUCCCUCUAAUCCUCAAGAAGACAUCGAGCAAGCAAGCGAGAACUAUGACAUGUCUCAGGUACAAUGCAUUCGAAGCUAUCAGGCACAAGAACAUGAUGAGUUAACACUGGAAAAGGCAGACAUUCUUCACGCCAAGACUAUCACGAGUGACGGUUGGGUGGAAGGCAUCCGGCUAUCUGACGGAGAAUGGGGCUGGUUCCCCAAAUCCUAUGUAGAGGAAAUCACGAGUCGCAGCGCACGUCUCCGUAACCUUCGAGAAAAUAUUCGCAUCAAAUGUGUCACGCAAAAACUGGAAGGAGAAGACUAG